AUGCCCAGCGAACUAAGAGAUAGAAAACCCAUUCCUAUUUACGAAGAUGAAAGAAAGUUCAUGGGAAAUGUUCAGUCAUCUAAUAGCAGAUACUCAAGGAAUACGUUUAGCUCAUCCGUCUCUUUCAAUGGUUAUAACAGGAAACCGACAAGAAGAAAAACUAUUGCAAUUAGGAAUUCCAAAUCGGGUAACAAAGUACUUACACUUCAGGAUGAUUACUUCAGCGAAGAGCAACCAAGGAUACUAGCCCCUACAACAAAAAGAAAAAUUUUGGGAUCAUUUAGUGAAGGCGUGAAGGCCCAAAAAAGACAUUUGACUGAUGAAGUAUUAUAUACGGAUUAUUUAUCAGCGGCUUUAGCUGAUGAAGGAUUUGAUCUGAAUUCUGUAGAUUUAUCGGAUAUACUGAAAAAUGAUGUUCCAGAAAAAUAUCUUCAAUAUAUAUACAUAACAAUAUCAUACACAAUCAAUCAUUAUUUGGGGAUCCCGGGUCCCACAAGCGAAGGGCCUCGAAAAUUAACUCAGUACCAGAAUCAACUCAUUCAAAUGAAUUCAAGCGUUCAACAAGAAAACUAUGAAAAAGCCAAACUAAUAAGAGCUCCAAAAUUUGUUCUGAAUUUAAAUGUAGUAGAAGCAUGGGAUUUGAUGGGCAAAGAUGCUGAUAAUUUAAGCGACCCAUUUUGCAAGAUUUGGAUCAGUAGCAAGCCAGAAUGCAUCGAAAUGACUAAAGUGAAAGAAAGGACUAUUGAUCCAGUUUGGAAUGAGACUUUUAGCUUUAAUAUCAACAGCUUUGAAAACGAUGUUGUAUUUAUUGAAAUAUGGGACAAAGAUCCAACAGGACUGCUUGCCAAUCUACGAGAAAUGAAACGCAUAAAGAACUUUUAUGGUUGCUGGUUAUUCUGCAACGACUGUUGCGAUAAUAUUUGUCCAUGUGGUGCAAAAUCUAUUGAUGACUUCUUGGGGAAGGUCAAAGUUAAAGUUUCAGAUAUAUAUUCAGAAGGUAUUGAUGAAUGGAUGGAAUUAAGACCUCAAAAACAGGAACCUAUAACUGGAAAAAUACAUCUGAUAGCUAAGGUCGGAGCCCUAAGGCCAAGAAACACUUUAGAUGCUUUGAAAAGACAUCUGUUGCUAGUUAAAAUUUGUCUUCAGAACGGUUUGAAAAUUCAUGAAAAUUCUGAUUUGAGUAUCACAAGAUGGGAGCAGAUAUUAAACCCAUCGGCAAAUACACUGAUAUACCAGCAUGGUGCACAAGGGAAUAUUUCUGCAUUUGAGGAUGCAAUUUGUCGUUUCGCUACCAUUGUACAUUUAUCUUUGCAACAUAUUUCAUUUGACUAUCAAUUUUUGUAUAAUAUAUUGUUUGAAACCAAUGACUGUAUAGCGCAAUCACCAUCGAUUUACCCUUUAGAAAACUCUGCUAAAGACAUUUAUCAAAUAUCAGUCCAGACACUGCAGAACCUUUGUAUCACGAUUACCAGUCAUCUGCAUUCCUUCGAUCUCACAGAUAACGAAACAAAACGCAUUGAAUUUGAAUUCCUUCUUAGAUGUAUAAAACUUUGUGAUGAGAUUACAGGAUUAAACUCAUCUUUACAAGAGACUUUGAAACUAGAAAUCAGUAAAUGGACGGAACAAAAAAAUGAAGAAAUGGAACAGAUAAGAUCUGAAAGUAUGGCUGAAUACAUCUACUGUUUCUUGAAGUACCUCAUAAAUUACAAUAAGGCAGCUGAUGAUGUUUUUCAGAGAGUUUUCCCAAAGAUUACUUACACAACGUUAGUUUACGAAAAUUUAGACAAUCAUCUUUCACGUGUUUUGAAAUCGCAUAUAAUGAAAAUUACUGAUAAAUCUUUGUAUCUCAAAAAUGAUGAAAAGCAAGAACUAUUAGCGAUGUUUGUUAAAAUUAAAGAGUUGACAGAUUCCAUGCGUAUGUCCAUUUCCAAAGAAGAAACACUCAGGAUGGAUGAAUAUCGUGACUGGUUUGGCCCGAAUAUCAUACAGGAUUGGUUCUUAUGGAAAGAAAGUAUCGUACUGGCACGCAUCGAAUCGAUAACUGGCAAUGAUGAUCUAAAAAAUGCAAUAAUUCAAUUAGCUGAUAGGAAUGAAAGACAAAGUACGUCUGUCAAAAGGACAUCUGAAGUCAUCGAAAAAGAAUUGUUUGAAUUAUGGAAUUUAGUUUCCCAUCCUUCAUUUCCUGAAUACGAUGACUAUUUUGUUAGUGCUCUCCACCGAUGUUGUAUGAAGUAUGCUGAACUACAAAUAGAGGUUUCUCAAAAAUUAGUGCUUGAUUUUAAAAACGAAGGGAAAAAGAAGUUAUGUGUCAUUGCCAACAACUUUUGGUCUUUAGCUAUGUUUGUGCCUAAAAUUAUAUCUAAAACUAUUGGAGAACUUCAACCUGGAUCACCUGACACUAAAUUAUCUCUUCAAAUACUUACAAGAAUUUUCUGUGCUGAUAUAGAACAAGAAAUCAGUUACGAUGUUCAUGAUUUUAUCCAAGAAGUUGUUGGUGCUAGAUCUAAUGAUUCUCAAGAUAAGGCCAUAAACGAAUAUGCUAGCUUUAUGAAUACGGUAGUUAAUGUGGAAGCAUAUGUAGAUAUGGCUUUUGAAGUAUUUUGGCUUUUCGUGCAAGAAGUGUGGAAUGACGUCCUCAAAACUAUUUUAAAACUUAGAUUAGAAAACAAAAAAGCGGAGGUUAUAACUUGCAUAACAAGAUUUCAACGAUAUUUAGGAAGAGCACCUAAUAUCUUUGCAGGCAUGUUGGCCAUUUUGAUGGUAACUGAAAAAAUAUGUUGUAUUGAUGAGUAUGAAAAAAUUAAAGAAUUAUUGUGCACUAAGGAUUUUAUAAACGUCAGGCACGAAUUAAGAAUUUUAGCAUUUAACAGUUAG